UCCCCAAACCUUAUCUUUCCAGGAAUCACUGUUUCUUCAAUUUGCUUGCCUGGUCAAUGAAGUCAGCAGCAGCGAUAAUGUCCACCCUCUCCCUCCCUCCUUCCACCGCCUAUUCUUCCCACCGCCAUUACUUCCACUUGUUUCCUCUUUCAUUUUCAAUCAACCCUUGUACAUAUAAAAAACCCUCACAAAUCAAUCCUCACAUGUUCAUUGUUCGCAAUUCAACUUCCGGUUCCUCGAUCUCCGCGAAACCGUCUUCGGAAAUGCGGAAGAAUCGUGGCGGAGGAUCGGAACAAGAUCAGAAGCUGAGGUCACUCCGUGAGCUGUUUGGAAAGCCAGGUGUUAAUAUUGAUGCUUAUAUUAUUCCUUCUCAGGAUGCUCAUCAGAGUGAAUUUAUUGCCGAGUGCUAUAUGAGGAGGCAAUACAUAUCAGGUUUUACUGGUAGUGCUGGUACAGCGAUUGUAACAAGGCAUAAGGCAGCUCUUUGGACAGACGGGCGAUAUUUUCUUCAGGCUGAGAAGCAGUUGAGCCCGAGUUGGAUCCUCAUGCGUGCUGGUAACUGGGGUGUCCCUAACACUACUGAGUGGCUUAAUGAUGUUUUAGCUCCUGGUGGUAGAAUUGGAAUUGAUCCUUUUCUUUUUUCUUCUGAGGCUGUAAACGAAUUGAAGGAAACUGUUGCUAAAAGUAAUCAUGAAUUGGUGUACUUAUAUGAUGUUAAUCUAGUGGAUGAAGUUUGGAAAGAAGCAAGGCCAUUGCCUCCAAGCAAACCAAUCCGACUGCAUGACCUUAAAUAUGCUGGUGUAGAUGUAUCAACUAAACUAUCUAAUCUAAGGUCUGAACUUGCCGACUCUGGUUCUUCUGCAAUUGUCAUCUCUAUGCUCGAUGAAAUUGCAUGGCUACUUAACUUGAGAGGAAAUGAUGUUCCUCAUUCUCCUGUUAUGUAUGCAUACUUGAUAGUGGAGAUUAAUGCAGCAAAACUGUUUGUAGACAACUCUAAAGUGACCCCUGAAGUGAUGGAGUACUUGAAAAAAGCUGGUGUAGAGUUAAGACCAUACGAGUCCAUUCUUUCUGAAAUUGAAAGCUUGGCUGCUCGAGGGGCCCAUCUGUGGCUGGACACAGCAUCAGUUAAUGCUGCUAUUGCAAGCACAUAUGCAACCGCAUGUGAUAAAUAUUUAGAAAAUGUUGGUAGUAAAAGCAGAGCGAAGAACUUAUCUGGUGCACCAAGUGUGUUGUGUAAGAGCUCUCCGGUGUCUCUAGCUAAAGCAGUGAAAAAUCAUGCUGAGUUAGAAGGGAUGCGUAAUUCUCACCUUAGGGAUGCAGCUGCUCUUACUGAGUUUUGGUCAUGGUUGGAGGAGGAAAUGAAUAAAAAUGUGGUACUCACAGAAGUUGAAGUUGCAGACAAACUUCUUGAGUUUCGUGUGAGCCAAGAUGGUUUUGUUGAUACUAGCUUUGAUACUAUUAGUGGGUCUGGUGCGAACGGUGCUAUUAUACAUUAUAGAGCAGAACCAGAUAGCUGUAGCACUGUGGAUACACAAAAACUCUUCCUGCUAGACAGUGGGGCACAAUAUCUUGAUGGGACAACUGACAUAACCCGGACAGUACAUUUUGGCCAACCUUCCGAACGACAAAAAGAGUGCUUCACCCGAGUUCUUCAGGGCCAUAUAGCUCUUGACCAAGCAGUGUUUCCAGAAAAUACUCCCGGUUUUGUACUGGAUGCAUUUGCACGUUCCUCCCUUUGGAAAGUUGGCCUUGAUUACCGACAUGGAACUGGGCAUGGGGUUGGAGCUGCAUUAAAUGUUCAUGAAGGUCCACAAAGUAUUAGCUUCCGAUUUGGCAAUAUGACUCCUUUGCUUAAAGGCAUGAUUAUCAGCAAUGAACCAGGCUAUUAUGAAGACCAUUCUUUUGGUAUUCGAAUCGAGAAUCUACUAUUUGUCAAAGAGAUAGACACUCCUAAUCGUUUUGGAGGAAUUACCUAUAUUGGAUUUGAGAAGCUCACUUUUGUGCCUAUACAGACUAAAUUGGUUGACUUAACCUUAUUGUCUGCCGCUGAGAUUGAUUGGCUUAAUGAUUAUCAUUCACAAGUUUGGGAGAAGGUUUCCUCAUUGGUGGAUGGGACCGCACGUGAAUGGCUAUGGAAUAACACACGUCCAGUUGCAAAACCAUGAUUGUUGUAGCAAUAUUUUUAUGCAUGUGUAUACAAUAAGUUGUAUGUGUCAUUUAUGUCAUCUGUAUAUAGAACAGGGUGCUUGGGUAGGGGCUCGUUGAACUACAUAUUUAUCUUGGCUUCAUACUAGCAACAUUCUUUCUGCAAAUACAUUUUCAGUUGAUAAAAUCAUAUUGAUUAAUUUAGCA